UCGCCGGGGCGAUCCGUGUACGUGUGCGGAUUAACACGACGAGCAGAAAGAGUCAACGUAAUGAAGAGAAGGGGAGAAAGUGACGUUGGUAUAUAAACACUUGGCCGUGACUUUGAAAGCAUCAAACAGAUCGCGGCGAGUUAACACUGCGGGCCCCGUCGUCUGGAUUCGUUCGAGCGUGAUCGCCUGUGUACAAUAAGAGAUAUCAUGAGGAUCAUCAUUUUGACAGCUCUGGUGGCGGUAGCGUCAGCUUCCUACGAGGAGGAACAUGGCGGCUCCACUUACCACGAGACCUCGAAGCCGGUCGAGAUACCGAUUUACAAAAAGUACGCCAUACCGAUUCCGCAUCCUGUCCCGGUGCCGGUUCCUCAGGAGAUUAAGGUGCCGGUGCCUCAGCCGUAUCAGGUGGAAUUGCCAGUGCCGCAUCCGGUCCCCGUCGAGGUCAUCAAACAUGUGGAGAUCCCGGUGGAGAAGCCCGAGCCCUACAUAGUUGAGAAAAAGGUGCCGUACGUGGUCGAGAAACCGUACCCGGUGACAGUUGAAAAGCACUUUGCGGUGCCCAUCCCGAAACCGUACCCGGUCCACGUGCCCGUCUACAAACACGUAUUCCACCAUCAAACCAAGAGCCACGGAUGGAAACACUGAUCCACAGUCGACGACACCAAACACGAAGACGUCCAGCCAAAAAGCUACCAUAGAGAUAGAUAGAUAGAGAGAGAGAGAGAGAGAGAGAGAGAGAGAGAGAGAGAGAGAGAGAGAGAGAGGAACGGAAUCGUUUCUCUGCGUUGUACAUAGUCCACUUGUUUUCUAGUUAAUGUAUUGUUGUUCAAAUAAAUUGUUGUUCUAUUUA